AUGGAGAACUGCGGGAACAGCUGCUACAUCGACAGCGUGAUCUUCGCCAUGUUUCACGACGGCAUGAAUGAGAGCUACGACGGUAUUCUGGUGCAAGACCUCAAGGACGACAAGACUUCCGCAGUGCAGAGAAUCUUGAGGGACGUCGUGGUGACCCAGCUGAGGAGGAGGGAGGCAGUCAAGGCGCCAGACAUGUCGAAGCUGAGGCUCGCCCUCAACCUCUGCGGUUGGGAAGGGUUCGCUGUGGGCAGCGGAGGGAACGAGGACGUCAGGAGGCUGGUUGAGAUGGGUUUCUCCCAUCAGCAUGCUGUCCUUUCCUUGAUCGCCAACGAUGGCAAAGUCGAUUCCGCCAUUUCUCAACUCCUCUCCCGAGAUCCUGGGAUGGACACGGAGAUCGAUAAGUCGAUCAUGUCCAAGUACCGCCAACAAGACGCCCUCGAGUUCCUGCAGUUUUUCCUUGACCUCCUGAAGGCGCCCAGGAUCCCCUUCUCACAGCGCAUCUUGAAGAACAUGGGGGGUUCGGCUCCGGCGGCGAAGUCCUCCACCGACAUGAAGUACGUCACUGAUCGAGCAGUGCUGCUGAACCUGGUCCAACAGCCCAAGAACUUGUUCGCGACGUCAAGGAAUGCAGUCAGGUUGGAAGACCUCCUGCGUAGGCACUUCUACGAUGACCAGAUCGAAGUUGCGGGUGCCAGCAGCCAGUCGAAGUCUGUGCUCAAGGUCUUGAAACUCUCCCCGUUCUACACCAACGACUGCGAGAUCGAUGGAUGUACAUACAACGGAGAGGCGUCUCUCUUCCCCAACUUCAUCAUCCCGAUCGUGCUGCUCCGGUAUGGCUACAACAGCUCCGCUUCCAAGAAUUCUUGUCCUGUUGCCUUCCCCGAAACCCUCGACGUGAGCAGAUAUAUAGACAAAGACUCGUCGCUUCCUCUACCAGAGUACAUGCUUGUCCUUCGAUCCCUCGUCCUGCAUGUCGGUGACCGGGCCAAUGAGGGCCACUACGUCUCCAUCGGGAGGUGA